CAAACGGCUAUAAUAUUAUCCCCCUCCUCUCGAUCUCUCUGUCUUUCCGAAACCCCAAAAGCAAACGCCAAUUACCCCGCUGCUGCUGCUGCUGCUCUCUCUCUCUCCCAAAAUGCACAAAAGCAUCGGUUUGUCUUUGAUCCUUUCACUGACCCUCUUCUGCCACUUGAUCCCGCCGUCCAAGGCCAAGGACGGCGUCGUCAAGAUGGAGCUCUGGUGCGUGGCCAAGAACAACGCGGAGGACGCCCCCCUGGUGACGGCGCUGAACUGGGCCUGCGGGCCUGGUGGAGCCGACUGCCGCCCGAUCCAGCAAGGUGGACCCUGCUACGACCCCGCCGACAUCCAGAACACUGCCUCCUACGCUUUCAAUGACUACUUUCUGAAACACGGCAUGACCGCCGAUAGUUGCAGCUUUGAUAACACUGCCGCGCUUACUUCUCUGAAUCCCAGUCAUGAUAAGUGCAAAUUCCCAUCCAGCUUGUCAGCUAGCAAUGCAAGCAUCUCCAGUGCAUCAACAGCAAUUGGAAAUGGAAUGGGACGUAGUGAAGAUUUGAACGGCAGCAAUAUGAUUUCUGAGCACUGGAUUUGGCCCGUCCUUGCCAGUUUUCUGGUCAUUGCAUAUAAUACAUGGGCAAUGGGUUAGCGAGCAAGCGAACAAGCGAGCGAGCGAGCCUUCUCCCUGGAAUAUUUUUGUUACAUGAUCUAGCCUAGAACGAGGAGUUCAAUUAAGAUCUCACAGAUUCACUUGGUGGGUAAUUAGUACUCGAUUAAGUUGGUAGGGAUAGAUUGCUGUCGAUUUUGUUAUCUGUACGAGGCUCAAGCUUUGUAAUUUGGAUUUUCAAAAUCAAGCAUAUCAAUAUUUA